AUGAACUCUCUCUUCAUUGUAGUAUACUACUAUGGAAUUGAUGAUCAGUCUCAAUCACAGCCACAAUCACAGUCACAGACACAACAAUAUGGAGAGGACCUGAGUGUAGAGAUUAGAGAUGAUGUAGAUAAUAGUAAAGAUAAAGAGAAGGGGAAGGGAAAGAAGAAGACGACACAGUCUGCUGAUAGGUCUUCAAAGUACUUUACUCAGUUCACCAACUUCUUUAGCGGCAACAAGACCAAGAACAAGGACAAUGGUACUUCCAAACUGGACUCGUCGAGAGAUGUCUCCAGCAGCGAAUCAGAAGUGGCUCUGAAGCCGACCGUCGUCAACUCUGCCAUGCCGUCAAGAAAGUUGAACAGGUCGGCCGUAGCCACGCCCUUUAGCCCAAUCAAUCUGACGCCCUCGGGCAAGAAUCAAUCACACUAUCGGAAGCCACCAAAGAACAGACCGAUGCAGGGCUCAGGCAUGAGCUCCAGUCUCUCAGGUUCGGGCGUCAAGAAGCCCAAGCUCACAUCAAGCUACUACCUUCAAGACAGCAGUGUAUUCUUCUCGGAGCGCACAUUGAACAUACUGCAGACCAUCUUCCACUACCCAUGGAUGGUGCUCAAGAUGAUCAUCUCACCGCGUGCCGGCAUCACCUACCCGUCCAAGGUGAUCAAGCGACGUGUCAAGCUCCUCUCGCUCAUCUCCAUUCUCAUGACCAUCGUCAUGAUCCUGGCGGCCAUCUUCACGACCAAGAUAUGGUUCAUCUUUGUACCGGGCGCAUUGGUGCUGGCCGGCUGCUACGUGCUUAACAAGACCACGCCCUACUACUUUGGCAUCAGCUUCCUGCUGCUAUUUACGUGUGUGGCCACCAAUAUCACGGCGAUCAUCGUGGCCCUAACAAAGUAUAAGCACAUCAGUAUCGAUGGCUCAUUCAUGUUCUCAUGGGACAUACUUGUGAUGAUCAUUGCAGCAGUCCUAUUCCCUCGAAUACUCUACUGUAUCCUCGUCCUCCUAUUCAUAUCAUUCUCAUACAUUGGCCUGGUCAUCUUCAUUGGUGUAUCGCACAACUAUAAUGCAAGGAAUAUAGAUUAUAACUACGACUCGAUUGGCGAACAACUUAGAAGCAUAUUUAUAACAUUGAUAUUUGUUGCUGUUCUACUCGGUCUUGACGGCAAUAGAUCUACGCGAGAUUGA